GCUAGGUCGAAGCAGCCUGGACCUGGUCCGAUUCGAAACGGCCAACGACAAAAGCUCAUCGCUAUAAGCCUUGACUUACGAGUUAUUUUGGUGAAAAAAGGUUGUUUGGGAUCUAAAAAUCAGCUUCAUUGCUUGUCAAGUGAGAUACGGCUAACCGGAGUCGGAAUACGUGAAACGAUAUCAGUGUGA